AAGGCAGCAUCUACACAUAACCACUUUAACAAAGUUAACGACCUAUGACUAAAUUCAGAGUAUUGGCCUAUCUGCAGCACCUGCAUCCCCUUGUAUUUCACAGCAAAAUCAGCACGCUACUGGGGGUCUACAACACUGAAAUAGAUGAACCAGGGAGGCAGAAGAUCUUGGUAUAUCGUCAAAUCUCCCACCCAAAAUUUAAUGAUGCCUCGCUUGAAAAUGACCUCAUGCUGCUGCAGCUGAGGGACAAGGCUGAGCUGACCCAGACUGUGGGCAUCAUCCUCCUGUCCCAGAAGAAGAUGAAGAAGGGGGCAGUGUGCAGCGUAGCUGGCUGGGCCCAGACCAGUAUCAAAACAAACGCCCAGCCCUCCCCAACCCUGCAGGAGGUGGAACUGAUGACCAUAGGCAGGUGCAUGUAUCUGUCUCAGCCCAUUCUGCACUAUGUCCCGUCCAGGAUGCUGUGAGUGGGGGACCCCCAGGACAGGAAGGCACCAUUCCUGUUGGCCUGCGAUGCGUC